AUGCACGUGCUGACGCUUUUAAACAAGCCAGCAGGUCACCGUGAAAAUGGGAACCUCCCCCGUGAGGUAUUGCUCAGCCUCGAGGCAGUGACCGGGAAAAGUUUCGGAAACAAGGAUUUUCGUGCUGCUUUGGAAAACGGAGUCCUGCUAUGCGAUCUAAUUAACAAGAUCAAGCCUGGUGUCAUUAAGAAGAUUAAUCAUCUGUCAACGCCAAUAGCUGGCCUGGAUAAUAUAAAUGUUUUUUUGAAAGCCUGUGAAAAGCUUGGAUUAAAAGAAGCUCAGCUUUUUCAUCCCGGUGACCUUCAGGAUUUAUCCAACCGAGUUACUGUCAAGCAAGAAGAGACCAACAGAAGAGUGAAAAAUGUUUUGAUAACGUUAUAUUGGCUGGGUAGAAAAGCUCACGGCAACCCGUACUAUAAUGGCCCACAUCUUAAUUUAAAAGCCUUUGAAAAAUUAUUGGGUCAAGCUUUGUCAAAGGCUCUUGGAGAAUCUAACAGUCCCAAGCGAAGUGGAAGGGACAGUGGGUACGGCGACAUUUGGUACCUUGAGCGUAGUGACUCGCUUUCUUCAUCUGCCAGCCAUAAGAGAGAGGAUUCGUUCGAUAGCUUGGAUUCGUUUGGCUCAAGGUCUUCCGCCAGCCUUUCAUCAGACAUAACUCUAAAAGGUUGCAGUGAAGCUGUAUUAGACAGGGGUUAA